GGCCGGCAGCGCCUCGCCCACGUGGCGGCUGCUGCUCCGGCCGCUCCUUUCACUUUCCGUUUCCCAGCCCGGCUCGCCCAUGGCGGCUUGGCUCGGCCUCAGGCCGCCGGAGGACGCGGAGGAGGAGGACGGGCAGCUCUGGCAGUACGACUCCAGCUGGGAGGACGAGGAGGAGGGCGGGCAGGAAGGGCUGGCGGAGGAAGAGGAGGAUGGCGAGGAAGAGAAGCCGAGGCCGGUGUGUUCGCGAGGCUCUUCCCAGGCCGGCGGCUGGCAGUCUAGAUUGUAUUCUUUGUUCAUGAAGCUGUUUGAGUUUUUUGAGGAUCCUCCUGAUCUUUCCGAUGCACAGGAGCAAAGAAGAACAAACGUACCAUACCUGAGUCAGAGAGGUUUUGAGUUCUCAGCUGGACGCAACUGGAGAGCUGCGAAGGACUUGCAGAGAUACAGGCGCCAUUACCCGGGUUUAGAAGAAUCGGAAGCAGAUGAAGAAGAGGAAGAGAUGUGGAAUCUGAGUUUUUACAAAAACGAAAUUAACUUUAAGCCUCGUGGUGUAUAUAUUGACACCCUCCUUAAAGAUUGGUGCCAUGAUUAUGAGACGCUGGAAGAAAACCAUUCCUACAUACAAUGGUUGUUUCCGCUGCGUGAACGUGGGAUGAAUUGGCAGGCAAAGCCCCUCACGUGUAAAGAAAUCCAGGCCUUUAAGAACUCAGAGGAAGUUAUGCAAAGAUUCAUAAAAGCCUACGAACUCAUGCUGGGGUUUUAUGGAAUAAUUUUGGCAAAUCGAGAAACUGGGGAAGUUGAAAGAGCAGAAAACUGGGAGGAGAGAUUUCACAACCUGGACAGGUUUAGCCACAAUAACUUGCGGAUAACACGCAUCCUGAAGUGUCUAGGUGAGAUGGGGUAUGAACACUAUCAAGUAUGUCUAGUUCAGUUUUUCCUAAAAGAAACCCUUGUUUGGAAGAUGCUCCCCAACGUUAAGAGAAGCGCCUUGGACUAUUUCCUCUUCACCAUCCGAAACAAGGAAAAGAGAAGAGAACUGAUCCAUUAUGCAUGGCAGCACUUUAAACCUCAGAGUAGGUUUGUAUGGGGGCCACAUCAGAAGCUCCUGAAGUACAGACGUAGGCCAUCAAAGUCUCAGUGCUGCCAAAAGACUGACGAGGAGCAGGAGCCCGUCAGAGGAAAGGAGAGAGAGGCAGGAGGAAAGGAUGAAAGCAAACUAAAUGGGGAAGAGAGAGCUGGAGAUGCUGCAGACUUGCAGACCAGAAAGGUGACUGAGGAACACGAAUCGGAGAAGUUAAGUGAAUGUGAUCGCGCUACAGACAAAGGAGACGGUGAAGAAGAGACGCAAGCCUUGCUGCCCCAGCUAGAAGAGAAGGAUCCAGGUACUGAGGCUCUUGGCUUGGGGGAUAGAGCAGAGAACGACUAUCUAAAGGAAAGCAAGAAAAGAAAACUAGAUAAAAACAGCAAGUGCACGGGUCUAUUGAAAAGUCCCACUGACAUUGAGAAGAUUUCUCAUAACCUAGGAGAAUGUGUUCUCAAUCAAGAGAACACAGAGCCACUACCAGCCUUGCAGAAAUGCGAUGCCCUAGUGAUGCCUGAAGAAGACAGCGUGGGUAUGGACAGCUUAAUGGAGCCUGAAUCGUCUGAUGCGGCCAUAAAGAGGAGGAAAAUGGAUGAGACGACACCAGAAAACGAGGCUUUAAACACGGCCGUAAACCUGAAUACAGAGGCCCCUCCCUGCAGUGCCCAGGUAACCAGUCCAGAUCCUGUAAGCCAAGGGGCUGAGAAAGGAGAACUGAGUGAGGAGAAGCAAGCUGUGGAAGAAAGCAGCGUGCAAACCUCGUGUAGUGCUGAGUUGGCUGGCUCUGAGGAUGGCCUGCCCUCGCCAGGAGAGGACGACUCGGUGCCAGGCAGAGAAAAUGCUAAAAUAGAGAAUGACAAGAGCCAGCCUAACAAGACUCUACCAGGAACCAAAAGCCAGGCACACAGUCUCGGGCUGGAAGAAGACGCAGAGGAUGCGAAUAUAAAAAGGGAAGACAAAGCCUCAGGUGGGGUCCAGGGCCAAGCAACUCACCCUGAGGAGAGCACGGGGCAUCUUGCCAACGCUGGGAAUGUAAUACAGGAAACAGGCAGCUCUGGGGAUUCAGCAGGACCAAGUGACCUGAAGAUGUGAUGGAGCAACCCAAAUAUUGCAAGGGCACCAGGGCAAGUGGAGGAAGAGCCACUGGCAUCCUAAACACCAGGAGCAAGGUGGGUGACUUGUGCACCAAAGACCAAUGGAAGAACACAUCUUUACAAGUCUAGAACAAACCCAGCCCCCCUGCCCCCUCACUCUUUUUUAACUACUAUAAUGACUUAGCUGAGAACUAGCCACUGGUUGUCCUCACCAGGAAAAAUCUGCUUCCCAGGGAGAGCCUCUCGUCACCCGCCAUCAUAUCGGUGUGUGAUGUUCCAGACAGGCUUCAUUCAAGAAGGGGGAUGUCUGCUCUUUGCUGCUUUUCCAGUAUGUUCUUUAUUUUUUAAAGAAGAAAACAAAAAGUGUUUCCUCUUCUAAUCAGUAGGUCAAAAGUCACGGAUUAAUGAAUUAAAAUAGUUGGGAUACAGACACUUCUGGUGUAAGCCACUUCGCUGGAUAUGUUUUAUACCAAGCAACUUCUCUUUGCCACAUUGGAAGUGGUUGCACCAGUGCGGAGUUUGCAGGUUGGUCCCCUGGAAGAGUCUGAUGCGAGGCCCCGGUCACCUUGGCGAGGCUCUGUGGAGCUGCUGGUAAAGAUGUGCGGUGAUCUCAAGCAUCCUUGAAGCCUGGCACAGGACUCUGUUCUGCUGGUGUUUGCACAUGAAAUGGGGCGUGGGUGAUGAGCUUAAUGUGUGUAUGAAAGAACAAAUAAUUUACCAGUGGGCAGGCAAGUUUUUUGCAGGGAAUAAGACCGCUAAUUCAGUUGCAACCAGCAGCCAGUGUUCACCUUCAAGCAGGGGGCUGUUCUUUCCAGCAUAAGUGCAGGGGUAUCAUGUAUUUGCAUUUCUGUAGGUCCUGGCAGGACUCGCCCAGACCGGAGAUGCGAGCGAGAGUUAUAUCAGGAUUUACUUGAUAUAUAGAGAUAGAUAUAUAGAGAUAUCUCUAUAUAUCUAUCUAUAGAUAGAGAUAGAUAUCUUACUUUCUCUGUAUAAGUAGAUAUAUAUAUCAAGCAACCUUAAAAGGAAGGGGAUGGGGAAUAUAUAUAUAUUUCCUUCCCCCUCCCCUCCCCCCGCUUCCUUUUAGGAAGCAUCCAGCUGCCUAAGCCUUCUCUUUCAGAGACCUGAGACUCACAGAUGCUGGUUUUUUUCCCCCUAGUUGUAAGCUCCUCUGUCUCCAUGUUAAAAUACAGGAACUAAUAUUUUUGCCAUCCAUUUUUCACAGCCUUGCUAAUAAAUCAAACUGGUUUCUCAGGUACGCUUUUCUACCGGCUUUAGUUCCUAGGGCUGACUUUCAGCUUUGAUAACAUUGACUUCAAUCCCUUUUUGGUAGAUCUACCUAUAGUGGAUGCUGGUAACGACCGUAACACUUGCUUGUCAGCUAGGAAACAGAACAAUUGUCCCCUCUCCCGCCCCUUCCAGGUGGUGAAAAAUUUCUAUUCUCAUUUCUUGCCACCUGCUAUUUGCAUUUACACUAAUAUCACCUAGCAUUAAUCAUCUGUGCCCUGUAUAGAAUCAGCCAGUUCAAAAGAGUAAUGUACAAUUUAGCAUUUUCUCUUGCACAAAGCAUUAAGUUAUUUUUGGUCGGGGAUCUGUCAUACAGAGCAGAGAAGAAAAAUUCCUGCAUCUGAAAAGACUGGGCUUUGAUGUCCGUUUAAAUGGCUUCAGCAUUUAUGGUUUUGCUUUUGGGGGGGGUUGUUUUUUCUUAAUGCCGUAUGGUUUCUUCGAGCACCGCUACUGCUUGGCUCAAUCAUCCAGCUGGCACGAAGAUGGAGUUGCACAAUGUGGUGAUCUGUGCUACUGCUCUUAAGAAGCUUUAUCUCGCCGGGAAUUUGAUCCGUGAUUUGCCUUCUCAACUUGUGGGGUCUGAGCCAGCAUGACACUUAAACACGUGUGUGAUUUUGAGCACGUGAGUAGACUUCAUUGCAAUCAAUGGGCCUCCUCAGAGCUUUUCAGUGCCAUGUUGGAUAAAGGUCUUAACGAAUACAUUUUCAAAGUGUGCUUUUCUCUAGUAAGGAAAAAAAAAAAAGAUGUUAAUGAUCCAAAAAGAAUAAAACUAGUUGUAAAUAUGGAGGGAAUUUAGUGAAAACACUUUUGUAAAGGUCACAUGCUUUUUAUCAUUCCUUUUUGUACAUAUUUGUAGUUGUGGUUUGUUUUUUUUUAUUUGAGGGAUGAAAUUUUCCCUUAUGAAUACUUGGCACACUUCACGUAUCCAGUGUGGCGAUGUGUUUUAAAGGCGAUCUUAAUGGAAGCUUUGGUCUGGAGCAAAAAUAAUCGUCUGUUAUGUUCGGGUUUAGGAUUUCAACUGUCAAGUCUUUGAACGGGUUUGCAGAGGAUAUUUUUAGUGUUAAUAGCUGUUCAGUGGACUCUAUUGUUGUGUUUAACAGUGCAUAUUAAAGUACGACUUUGCAAACCGA